UCUAAUUGUCGGAAUAAUAUUCUUGAUGAUUUAUCAAACGCAAUAAAUAUGACUACUUUCAUUAAGGCUCAAAGCCUAAAUUAGUUGACUUUUGCUUCUUAUCCUCUAUUUUGUAUAUUUAAUUAAAUUUCACAUCUAUUGACAACCGUCAUGUCUAUGAUUCAAACGCCAUUCUUUUUCAUUUACCCGCUUUUUGGCACUAGUGCAGACGAGUUGUGUUUUAAGAUUUUGUAGAUUUAUUCUUUACAUGGCAUUGUUUAAGCAUUGCUGUUACGGUGUUUGUAUACAUUUUAUGUUUUAUUUGUAUUGCUGAUUGCAGUUUCAAUUUUACGGAUAAUUUGACAGGUUCUGUGUUUUCCCUCCAACGAAUUCUGUUGGUGCUUGGUGUUUGUAUGGUGCAUAAUGCCAUUGCUGCGAGGUAAACCUUUUGAGGUCUUACAGCCUACAAAUGAUUUCAAAGAUGAUGAAGAAUUAUUUCCAUGUGAAAUGACUGAUGAGGUAUUCAGGACAUAUGAGGAACUGUGCGAGAGAAUUAUCUUGUGCAACUCUGUCGACUGGUCGUGUGCUGUCACUGGCAAGUCGGGCCUCACGUACCUGGAAGCUUUGGAGAGUGAGGAGAGUGCAGCCCGAAGCCUGGAGGAUGUUCCACGUCAGUUAAGAGUACCGCUCCUGUACCUGACUAGCUUCACUCAACGCACUUCUUUCCUUGACCUUGCUGAAGACAUUUUCAGCUAUGUGAGGGACAGGUACUUCAUUGGAGAGUACGUCGAGGUCUGCUUGAAAAAUGAACUGUGGUUUGAUUGCUGCAUAACCAGAGUGAUUCCACCUUCAUCUCUUCGCCAGUCAAUCAUCCAUUCUCCAGCUCGAAUUGAGUAUAACAGGAACAUGGCAGCACUGUUUCGCUAUGAAGUGCGGAAACUAGGCCGCGGCAGUGACGAUGUGAGUGAAAUUUUUGAGGUUGGCAGUACAAAUGUAAAACGAAAGAAGAAUCAGUACACUCGAGACAAAAGUAAGAUGUUCCUGAAGCUACAGACUACUCAGGAUGAGAAUGGGAUGUGGAUUGUCAAGGAUGAAGUUGUCCAAAAAUACAAUCUCCACAAAGUGAAAUUUAGUGACAUUUUUGGAGGGCCUCUUCCCAUGUUUGAAUGCUCUCGGAAAAUCCAGAAGCUCCAGCCAAAUGGGGCGGUCCCUACAAAACAUGCAAAUGGUUCGUUCAAGAAGGAAAAGCGUCAAGAGAAAAUAGACAAGUACUUCUCGCCGAACAAGGAAAUGAAGGGGGCAGUUUCCCCUGCCAAGCAGCAUGGUUCGGGCAGCAAGAUGUCGCCAAGGAAGUACAGCCAGGAUGGCCUGGUGCUCUCGCCACAGAGCAAGCUUGCCAAGAAGUUGAAGAGCAAAUACAUAAACAACUCUUUAAAGGGUUCCGUUAAGAAGAACUUGUUACAAAACCAUCAGCUGAAGAAACAUACGUCACCUCACAAGACAGCAGAAUCCAUGCUUUUGGAUGCAAAGCACAGACAGCAGGAGAAACGGAGACUUCUCAGACAAGAGAAGUCGAAGUUGGCAAAUUUCAUGAAAGAAUGGAAUCGUGAGAGAGAGGACUUGGAGUGUGAUGACUUAAAGGAAUUACCAUUACCAUCUAUUAUCAACUGUGGCAUCCCAGACGAACAUUUUGGAGAUGUCAUUAUGAUUUUGGAGUUCUUUAAUUCUUUUAAAAAUGAACUACCCGCAAAGAAGUACUUCCCUUACGGUCAGGUUACGUUUGACCUUGUGAAACGAGCUCUGCUAGCAAAGGAGGUCGCAGGCCCUCUUUGUGACAUCUUGGAGCUUUUGCUAACAACUCUGUUUGAAAUGCAGUCCGAUGAAGAAAAAAAAAUACAUGAUGCAGAUACUCUCAAGACUACAGCUGACCUGGACAUAGACGACCUGGGGGAUGUGACGAUGGCAGAGGCGAUCAAAGCUGCCACGGCGGCAGUCAAGUGGAGCCAGCUGUACCAGGGUACGCCUCUGAGCAGGCUCACUCUGGAUGCCGUCACCAUCUCGGAGGUGCUGCGACUGCACCUGCUGUCGUCGGGCGGUCGCUCUGAAGAGCAGAGGUACCAGCAACAGGGAGGCUACACUUUGUUGGAUGAUCCAGGGCUUCAAUUAAGAAUCCAGCACCCUCACAUUUUGCGUGCUCUUAGCGUCAGCACCGUAGCAGAAUUACCUAUAGGAGACAAGUUGAAAGUUCUGACAUGUUUAAUCAGUCAACUGUUGACGUAUGAUGUCUUCAUGGAUGUCAUAGAUGAAAGAACAGAAAAUGUGAAAAAAUUAAAGCUGGAGUUGAAAACAUCACAAGCGACUGAAAUGAAGCAACACAAAGAAGCAAUUGCUUUAAGGAUGAAAAAAAGAAAGGAAUCCAAGCAGCAACUUCUGACAAAAGGGGGUGACCUAAAUGAUCCUAAAGCAGGUCAGGACAAGGUGAAGUAUGAGCUUGAUGAAGCCAAAGAAGCAAAAGACUGGGAGCGGAAGAAUCAAGAGUGGGACAAGAAAGCUCUUGAAAUAGAAGAGCUGAAGACAGGCUUCCAGUUGCUGCCACUAGGUGUGGACAGAGCAUACCGUCGGUACUGGCUUUUUCCGUCCCUAUCAGGUUUGUUUGUUGAGAAUGAAGAAGUGUUUCCAGGUGUCUGCCUUUCAAAGCCAACACAGUGCAAUCCCUCUCUUGUGGGAGGGGAUGAUUCAGCAUUGUACAUCAAGCAUUUGUUUGAAGAAGAGCGCAGCGGAAAUAGCGACAAAGAAAAUGACUCCUUCAAUGGGCCGGUGUUGUCCUCCACCAGCCGUUCCGUCGUCCUCACUCCCAGCAAGAAACUUAAUGCCCUCUCCCAGACAAACGCCAAAGUGAUGUCGCCGCCAGAUUCGAAGCCGGACCUUGUGAUUGAGCAAAGGAAGGUGGUGCCACAGACCCUGGCGUGUACCGCCAACAUUAACACCUGCCCCAUUCAUGGUACAAACGUGCCUCGCACGAGGUGGGCGUUCUUCAGCGAAGAGGAAGAGGUGCACAGCCUCAUAAAGUGUCUGAACAAGCGCGGGUUUCGAGAAGGGAAGCUAAGGCGAGCUUUGAUUUUCCAGCAGGAGCGAAUACUGCAGAACCUGAAGAGUUGCCCGAUCUCAAAACUGGAUGAGAGCAGAGUAUUGGAGGAACGUAAGUCAUCUCGAAUACCCCAGCCAAAGUACGAUGAUGCUAACCUGAGCUUCCCCGCUGACAUGCCUGUCGAGGAUGUGAUGGAAAAUACUCUCAUUGACUGCAUUAUGCAGCUGGAAGAGAAAAUAGAGAGUGGUGGUCUAGGCUUCCUCAAGGUUCACAAUCGUGGAGCGUGGCAAGAGGCACUGACCAAAAGGAGUUACAGCCAGCAAUGUGAAAGGUUGAUUUGGGGUAAAGGCAGUCACAAGGGGGAAAAUAGAGUUAAAAUUCCUGUCAGCAAGUUGAAAAUGGAAGGUAGUGAAAGCCGACCCAACACACCGAGCUCCGAAGACGGAGUGCGUUUGUUGAACCACCAGUACUCGGUGAGCCAAAGACCUGUUGUCAAAAACUUAGCCAGUGCUUUGCUGCAAGUGGCGCAGGCCAUGGACCCCAAGUACCUGCAGAAACCUCUGGCUCCUGAUGAAGUUAACGAUAAUUACGAUUGGUCAGCGAUGGAACGAUGGGAGAGCUCACUAAUGGCGUGCACCAGCUUGGCUCAAGUGUUCCUUCAUCUUUCCACUCUUGACAACAGCAUCCAGUGGCGAAGGUCUGCUAUGAAUGCAUUUUGCCGGCUGUGCCGUGGUAGGAAAGAUGCUGAAAACAUGUUGCUGUGUGACGGCUGCAAUCGAGGUCACCACCUGUACUGCCUGAAACCCAAGCUUACAAGGGUACCUCAAGGUGAUUGGUUUUGUGAUAAAUGCCGCCCCAAGGAAAAAGAGAGAUCCUCGAAAAAAGUUAAAAAACCUUUCUCUGAAGAAUAUGCUGAGGAUAAUGAUACAACUGAGACCAGACAUUCAGCAGCAGUAUGUGAUUCAUGUGGCUGUGGAGGCAGAUUGCUGGCAUGUGUGAAUUGCUCUCACACUUUACAUUUCACAUGUAUCACUCCCAGUCUGAAGAAAAUGCCAAAGAUUUGGAAAUGUGAUAGAUGCCAAAAUAAAGCUCACCGUUCCAGGAAGAGGAAAGCAGGAAAUGGGGAGGAGGAACCCCUCCCACGCCAGCGACGAUGUUGUGCAGCUGUCGCUGUUGCCAACAUUUCAAAGUUUGCUCGGCGACUCCGCAGCGAAUCAUGGGAUGAUGACAGUAGUGUGAAGGAAGACGAAGUGAAGAAGGAUGAGGACGAGUUGCUUCCAUCACGCCGUAGCCACAGGCGUUCGCACGCUCUGGAUGAGUCCUUGCCGUUGGAUAACGCAGUUCUGCAGGACUUCCUCACUGAACUGAUCCAUCACAAGGACGCGUGGCCCUUCCUCAAGCCUGUCCUGAAGGCACAGGCACCUGACUAUCAUCUCAUCAUCAAGAACCCAAUGGAUUUUGGGAAGAUGAAAAACAAACUCAACAUGCUUCAAUAUACUAACAACAGUGAGUUUGUUCUGGAUGCCAUAUUGGUAUUUGAUAACUGCUACACGUACAAUGAUGAUACUGCAGAAGAGUACAAGGCAGGCAAAAGGUUGAGUCGUUUCUUCUUCAAGCGGUGUCAACAGCUAGGAUUGAAAAUCCCUGAUGAUGCGCAGCCUUCAGAUGCCAAGAGAACUCGUGCAAGCACCUAAUGCUGCGGAAACUCUUGCAAAAAAUAAAACUUUUUAUUUUGUUUCUUAAUCACAAAUCCUAAAAUUAUACAGAAAAUAAAACUUUCCAAUAAUUUAUUAUAAAAAGUUUAUGUUUAUAGUUCUUGAUAUUUUCUUUAAAGUUUCAUUUGAUUUUUGGUUUUCUCAAAUGAGGUGGUUAAAAUGUUCUAGAUUCUAUAAUUUUAAUGCAAGGUGUAUUUUUUUUAUCAUUUAUUUUGUUGGCAUAUAUUGCCAUGGAUUCCAUUAGAUAAUUCAAAUAAGUAAUUUUAUAUUUGGUUUUAAAUGUUUUUUUCUGCAUUUUGUAUAUUUUUUUUUGCCUCUGCAGCUUUUUGAAGCUUAGGUGAAAGUUUUCAUAAAUUAAAUUGCCGACUUGAAAUUGAAAUAAAUUCUCAAACAAUCCAUUUGUAUUUUUACAACUUUUGAUAGAUUAUGGAUGAUGGUACAAAAUAGACCCUAACUUAACCAGUAAAUAUCUAUGAUUGUCUACAGAAAAGUACCACAUGAAAUUUUGUGUAGUGUGUAGUUUUGGAUCAAGUAGAAAUUUUCUGUAAGUUUAACAUUAACAAAGUGGCACAGUGUUUACUGUCCUAAAUGAUUGAGAGAGCUUAUUUACUUGCAUAGGGCAAAUGUUUUGCUAGUGUUGUUACUGGUUAAAAUAAAUUUUGUUUCACUCUGCGAAAAUAUCAGUUUAAUCAGACUAUUGAAUCUCUGUUCAUGUAUAACAAUAUUAGUUCUUAUAUUCUAUGUCACUGGAAAAAUAUUCAAGAAGCUUAAGCAUAGGCUGCAUGUAAUUUGAUUUUUUUAUUUUUUUAAUCUUAUGUAGAAUCAAAAGUAGCAGUGUUAAAAUUUAGUUGUGUAUAAAAAUAUUUUGCAACACUAUCAGCAAGGUAUAUGUUAAUCCUCUGAGUGAUGCAGAGCAUUAGAUUACAUUUUUCACAUUAACUAUGUAUUUGACCAAAACACACCCUAUAUUUUGAUUGUGCUAUUGUUCCCCCUGGUGAUGGCAGUUGAGAAAAUGGUGACUAAGGACACUUGCACACAAUGUUUUGUCUGUGGAUAGCUUCUCUGUGAUAGUCUGUUUAAUUAAACUUGAGAGAGAUAAGUUACGAAUAAACGUAUGCGCACACUACCCACAUGCGGAUAUAUUUUGAUAUCAAUAGCCAUGGGUUUUCAUUAAAUGUGAUACUAACGAACCAACACAUGUAUUGGGAAUGUGGAAUGUGUAUCUGCUGGGUAGCCCGGUGGCACUGCUAAAACUUUCUAUUUUUUAAACUAGUGUUGAGUUGAUUCUGGAUUCUCGUAUCUGCAAAUUCUAUUGUUUUCAAGGAUUCAGAAUCCAAUGGUUUUGGAAUCAAAGUUGAUCAAUUUUUCCCUUUUAGCUAAUUCUUAAAAUUUAGAUAAUUUACUAUUUUAAUUUAGGAAUCUAAGUUGAUUUCUUAAUACAUUAAAUAAGGAUUUUCGCCAAAGUGUUCAGGCAAUUCCAGACUAAACAGGUGAUCAUCACUUAUUGGGUGAUUUUAGAUUAAUCUGUCAAUUGAGUUUUUUGAUUCAUUGGGUGUUUUCUCUGAUUAAGUCAGGGUGUUAGGCAAAUUCACCAGAUGUCUUGUUUCAUUUAAUAGAAGUAUGGUUCAGUUAACAGAGAUUUGGUCAAUGAAUAAGGGGGUUUGCUUAGUUAAUCAAGGUGUUCUAUCAGUUAUGUAUGUAGUAUAUCAGAUUACCAAUUAUCAUUGUUUCUCAUUUGAUGCAUUAGGAUUGUCUUUUGUUAGAUGAACACAAUUCUUAUAUUUUAUUUUCUUGAAAUACAUUUCAGUGAAAGCUGUGUGUGAUUUCUAAAUUAAUAAACAUUUAUUUUUCAUUUUUACAGAAAAAUUUGUAAUAUCAAGUAUGUAUUAUCAAAACAUUUUUUCAUAAUUGUCAAUACCACAAAAUUCCAUAAAUCAGUUGAUGUUUUAAUAAGAUUUUGUUUGAUUUUUAACUAAAUUACUAAACACAAUUUUGUCACAGUUUAGAAAUACAGAAAAAAAUAUGUUUUACUUACAUUAUUUUUAUCCAAUUUUAAAAAUGUGUAUGUUUUAAUAAAUUAUAACUUUAAUCCCCAACCGUGCCAAUUAAUAUAUUGUGGGGCUCUCAGUCACUUGAAUUUAGUACCCUAACUUUAGAAGCAGUUUAUUAAUUCAAAUAAUAAAGUGCAUUCAUUUACAAUUACAUUAGUAAAUAACAAACAGGUUUUUGUAUGAGUAUACAAAUCAGGGAUAGUUUGACAAGUAUUAUAGUAAAAAAUAUAGAAUCAUAAUAAAAAUUGAGGAGUUGAAUUCCAAAUAUGAGAAAUAAAACUGGAAUUGGAUCUGUGUCUGUAUAUUUUUUUUUAUAUUUUGGAAUCAACCCAACACUAGUUAAAACUUCUGCAUAUGCUUCUUGCCAGUACUAUUAUUUACCAUGACCAUGAAAAAUCAGGAUUUAUUCAUCCUUUGUUUCUUGGGUUACUGUGUUGGUAAGUGUUGCAACGGAAAUGCAAUAUGACAGAGCUAGAGUGCACAAGUAGUGAGUUGGAUUGAAAGUAUAAACUGUAAUUAAUGAGCAUUCCAUCAUAAUUUCUUUUGUGGGUUAAGUUUAUAACCAGUUGUAACAAUAAUGAGAUGGCCUGUUAACCUGUUUGGAACACACUAAAUAUUUAAUAUUUUUUCCUGGAAAAUUUUGUAGGUUGUAGUAGGUAUCCCAGGACCAUAGAAAGCUCUUCUAAAUAUGUAUGUUGAAAUAUAGUUAACAUUUUUUAACUAUUGUAAAUACAUUAAGCUCUCUAUUUAGUUGUAACUAAUUUAAGUCAUAAUUAAACAGAGCUGGUAUUAUACUAAUUUUGUAGAUACAUUAAUGUAUUACAGUCUUGUAAAUAACACAUAUUUCAGUAUUGUAAUAUGUCUUUAAGGUAAUGGUGUGCAUAUAUAAAGUAUUGGAAUUUUGUGUACAAACACAUUGACAAGUGCAACAAAUGUAUGUUUUCAUGUAUUAUUUAUUGCUUAUUUUUUAAAUUCAGAAUGUAAAUUUACAUAAACAGAACAGCAUUAGUUAUUUUCAGUUUACCUUGCCUUCAUCCUUAUUAUUGUGGUCAUAAAAAAGGGUGAUUUUGUGAUUGAUUGUAAGUUCAAGUAAAAUAUCUCAGUUUCUUUUCAUGUUAUUUUCGACUAAGGGAUUAUCAUCCAUAGCUUAAAACUUUCAGUGAUCGUAUUUCUGGUUUUGUGUAUUUUCUAUGUCCUGCCAGGUUGGCCGCAUGAGCGGAAGUAUCAGAAAACCAGAAAAACAUGCCUGUUCAAGGGUUUCUUUUUUUGCGUGCUUCUUUUUGCCUUCUUCCAGUUUCCAACAACUGAAAACUGCAGUGGCAACACUAUUUUAUAAAGUAACAAGUGAUUUGAUAUUUAAAAAAUUGAAAGAACUCAAUCUAUGGAAAACUCUCAAAUGUAUCGAACACUGUUAGAUUUUGCUGAUAUCAUUUUUCUCCUCUUAUGUUGUUUUAUUUUAAAAUCCGUGCACGACUUCUAGCCAGUCACGUCUUUUAGUCGGUGAGCAGCAACAGAAACAUUAUUGACAAGUCUCCUCUGUCAACAGUAGUCUGGUACUGCGCACCACCUUUGAGCAGAUGCCUUCUUAAGAAUAUUUAUCACAGCAGAAGCAAGAAUUGUAAUAAUGUUUUCAGAGAAAAUUAAUCCCUGCUGUUUUCAAAAGGCUUGGUGAGAGACUGCUUAAAAUCGCUCGUCUUGAAGAUGGUAAUUGAACCAGUGAGUAAAAGGUUAGAAGUCAAGGAGCCUUAUAUCUAUGCAUCUAUGAUCAGAUUUCCAGCUGUAGUGAUAACUGCUGGGUACUUGGGUAGUGGUAAGUGUAAAAUUAUAUGUUUUGCUAUAUAUUUUCCACUGUUUGGCAUUUGGUAAAAUAAUUCUUUCAGUUGGUGUUUCAUGUUCAGGAAAAAAUUCAUAUUCAUCAUAAAUUGAUUUUAUUUAUAGUACAGCCUCUUUUAAUGUAAUACUUUAAAAAGUAUUACUAGCUAUGGACUUUUGUUGAGAUGAUUUAGGGCGCGGUUACACGGGAGUCUGAACUAGUUCAGGUGGACAUGUUCAGCUGUUGAGUGCGGUUACACACAGUCUGAACAUGUUUCGUUCGAGGCCAUUUCCCAUUUAACUUAAACAGGUUGGCAAAGUAGUUCAGAUCGACAUAUCUUCUACAUUAGCCUCUGAUUGGCUGUUUAGAAUAUAAACAGUCCUUUGUAAAAAUUCAAGAUGGAAAGUGUUUCUGGCACAAGUUCAAAUAAUAUUUUACCGAAUGCAACAAAAAAAAAUCAACAGAUAAUUAUACAUAUAUAUUUUUUAAUUGAUCCUGACCUUAAUUUUCUUAAAACUGAGAUAGGUACUCUCGCUCAAAAAAUAAUAAAAAAUAAGUUUAAAAAUUUUACUGUGCAUGUUGUUAGAAUUCCCGAUUUGUAAAAAAAUAUUGAGCAAUAUGUAAACACAUUCCAUUUCUGCUGAUAAUGCUGUAUAAACAAGUGAGAAAAUCCCGCGUUUUCUGGAUACAAUUACAAAAUAGAGAUCAACAACACAGUCAUUCGUUGACAGUAGAAAAUCGGUUUUAGAGCUAAACACACUUUUCAGCAACUACCGUGUAACCGUACACUUUCGCGUUUGUAAACGUGUUUACUUAAACAUGUUCACCUGAAGUAGUUCAGGGUCCCGUGUAACCGCGCUCUUAGAAACACUUUGAGGGGAAAAAAAAAUGUAAUUUGAUAUUGCUGGAAGAUUGUCCACACAACCUGCACAUAGUUGAGUUGGCAAAUUUGCAAAAUUACUUUUAUUUUUUGCAUCAUGUUAAAUUGAUAAGUUUCACUUUUAGUUACAUUAAUAUGCUGCCAGUUAUUCAUUUUCCAUGGUAAACAAUUGAUUGUUUCAUUGUACUAGGGCAUUCUUUCUUCUCUUACACUGCUGUCCCAACUUGAAUUACGGGAUUGGGAUGUUGGAAUGCUUUAUAACAGGAAAUAUAUCAAAUUUGUGAAAGAGACACAUGCCUGAUAGAGUAUCCACUUACCUAACAUGAGUAACAUUUUUAAUGAUGGUAGGUUGUUUACUGCAAGUGUGUUUCACAUGUGAGCAACAAUUGGAAACUAGCAGAAUUGUCACAUAAUUUUUUUAUAUGUUGUUUCAAAUUUCUGUCACAGCUAAUGUAUUUCUUUCUUUGUGGUUUGUUUUAACAGAGUGUAAAAGUAAUGUAAUACCUGACAGUCACUUGAAAAUAAAUUGUGAUUUGAGGCUGCUUGUGUCUCUGUGCAUGAUAGAAUGUGUAUGGUGUUUUGUAUGCAGUGUAAUUUUUUUUUAUUUUUAGUAACUUUGUAGACAUUAAUACUUCUAUAUGUAUACCAAAUGUACUGUUUAAAAUUACGGUAAACAGCUGGGUACUUCAUAAUUGUAUUGGAAUUUUUUGUAAUGCAUUUAAAUCUUAAGUGACCUAUUGUGUUGUACAGUUUUUUUAAUUGCUUUGUUAGCAUUAAGUUGUUAGUACUCAAUUAUAAGCAUGUUGCUGUUACUCACUGUGUUCACAGUUUUUUGUUGUAAAUAAGGAAGGUUCUCAGUAUUAUAACAAAAGCUGGCCAGUGUUUCAGGAGGAAGUGAAAGGAUAUUUAAACAACUUUGCUGUUUACAUGUAGAUACAAUUUUAUAUAAACUAACCACACAUUACUAAAAGUUUUCAGAAGUUGAAAACCAUUUAUCUGUGCUUUUAUAAUAGUAUCCAGGAAAAGAGUUUGUUAAAAAUAUUACAGAAUUAUGUAUUAUUGAAAGUAAGUGUGUGGAAAAAGUCAAUUUGAACUGUGUUUGAAAACCCGCUAUUGCAUUAAAAUGUCAUACCAGAACCACUCAUUAUGAAUUAUUAAACUUAAUUUUAAACCUGAAAAGAAUUCCGAGUAUUUGUGCUAUAAAUUCAAUAAAUUAUUAGCCUUAAAUUAAUGCGAGAUGAAUGAUGUAUAUUCAGACUUGCCAACCUUUACGAUUUUAUCGUAAAAUGUACGAAAAUCACGUCCGUAUUACGAUUGUACGAGGAUGUCUGCAUUUUUUACGAAUUUUAAGUACGAGACGUUUAUUAAAACACGUAUUUUUCGUUGUCUUAAAUGUUUUAUUGUAUGGUUUGUGAAAGCUUUUGCCAUGUGUUGUUGCUGUGGAAACGAGUGCGGUAAUUGUGUUAUAUUAUUGGUCGAAGGCCAGCGAACCACGUAAUUUGUUGUUCGAUUGUAUAUCUUUCCUUAUUGGCCGCCUGAGUUACAUUGAUGCGCUUACAACCAGUCACGAACCAGUUUAAAUAGCAUUUUUAGUUUGGCAAGAUGGUGUCGUGCACAAGCGUAUGUUGUGAUUCUUCAGUUAAAGUUGAGCCAAUUUUGAUUUUGUUUAUUACAGGUUAGGAAACAAAUUUAUUGCAUGUUUUUAAUAAAAACGUGUUAUGUGCACAGUUAACGGAAGUGGAAUUAAGUGAAGAAGAAAAUGCCCCCGAAACGUGAUACGCAUUAUUCUCAGGCAUUUCGUGAUACAUACACGCGGGAUUUUCAGUGUAUUCUUAAAUCAAGCAAAGGAACACAGUUCGCAGUUUUUUCAGUGUGUAGAUGCGGCAUCAACAUUGGGCACGGCGGAAGAUAUGACAUCAAUCUCCACGUGAACUGUUCAAAACAUCUCGUAAAUGUUAAAAGUGUCGCAGUCAGUUCAAAGGUUAGUGAUUAGUUCCCUAAAAUUAACAGCACAGAAAUGCUAAAUACGUGCAGAAUGCAUGUUUACAAACUUUUUGGUUGAACAUAAUAUUCCUUUAAAUGUUUCGGAUCACGCCGGCCCGUUAUUCAGAAAAAUAUUUUCAAAUUCUGAAGUAGCAAAAAAAAUUAGUUGCACAAGAACAAAGUCGACGGCUAUCGUGAAAGAAAUGGCAACAGAUGCAACUAUAAAAUUGUUUGUAAUUUACAAACUGGCAUUUUCAGUCGCGACCGACGGCAGCAAUGACUCUGAAUCCAAAUUAUAUCCACUAGUAGUAACAUUUUGUAAUGCAAGUUUGAAAAUGAUAGUGUCAAGGUUGCUUUCAUUACCAGUACUCCAGGGAGAUUCUACUGGAAGUUAACUGAUAUCAUUGUAUAUUGUAACAAAGGUACACUCUGUUGAUUUGUAGGGUACCACAAGGAACAAAGUUUUUUUCUUUGAUGUGAUACUAAGCAAAAAUGUUUCCAUAAUGGUAAAUAAUGAGAAUGAUUGUUGGUCUGCAAUGUUAAUGUAUGUUAAAACGAUUACAUAAUUUCGAUUACUAGAAAAAAAUGUGAUAUGAAAUUUUAUUAAUUUUUCAAUUGCCGCGAGCAGUUUACGCGUAUUAUAUUAUUUUUUAUGUAUUGUACUAAUUGGGGGUUUCAAAAGUUGGCAAGUCUGUAUAUUACAUUACAAACAUUUAGUAGCAGGUUAGUGAUAAGAUAAAAUGCAUCAUUCUGGUAUUUGUGAGUGAAACAUUAUUGGUGAAUACUAUGUGUGAUCACAUAAUCAUCGCACAUUUUGUACUAAAGUCAAGUUUGAAAUUAGGGGUGUGACUUAUGCGAGAAAACAUUUUUGUUAAGGUCAAAUUACUCAUAACAAUAAAACCUAUUAUGGAAAGUACAUUUAUUUAAAAAGUAUAUUAUACAAAAACACGCCAAACAAUUAAAAUUAAUAAGUCAAUACAAAAACAGUGACCUGAAUGUGAGCAGGAACUAACGCAUAACUAUCGUCGUAGUACACACUAACCACAAAAGAGUGCGGACACUAGACAGAGCGUGCGAGUUGAAUGCAAUCUGUAAGCUAUUGAUAUUGAUGUGCAAGUACGUGCGUGCACUCUGUAACCAAACAUGAACAGUGCCAACUGGUGGUGGCUACAUUUUUAUAUGUGGUACACAUUGGCGAUGAAGACGAGCAGAUAGUUAUAACAUUUGAAAAUAUCUUUAAAAAAAAAUUUACACUUUUAUAACUUCAAUUUUUGUUAAUUAAAUGAGUAAAGGGUAAUAUCCAAACAAGUAAUGGAUUUAAACUAUGAAAUACGUACAGGAAAAUAAGUUUAUGGAAAAAAAUAACAUAUAUCUUACUGAGAAAAUGGUGGGACUGAAAUAUUUGACCAUUUUGGACAGAAAUCGUAUUGUGCGGGUAUAUCUUAAAAGAGUUUACUGUAAUUGUAAUUACUGUAUUUUCCCAAUGUAACUACCACACUACCUGACAGCUACUUGAAAACCAAUUGCUGUUUCAUGGUGCUUUAUAUUGUCAUGAUUACUAUCUACACAAAGCGCUCUGAAUCUAACAUCAGGACCAAAAACAUUGUAAGACUAACAUCAGGACCAAAAACAUUGUAAGAUUUUUUUGCAAGUACUUUUUCCCCCCAAAAUUUUGACGCCCCAAAACAACGGUGCGACUAUUAUGUGAUAAAACAUAGUACAAGUCACGUAGCUUCGAAUAUUUACAUUAAAAAAUUUGUUUUUAGUACUAAGUUUUGCAGUGGUUUAAAAUUGUGCAAUCAUGUUAGCCAAACAUUUUAAAGUAUCGAAAUUUAAAACUUUUUAACAAUUUUUCAUGUUAGCUGAAUCAUACUAAAACAUACAAAAACAUUUAUUAUUUUUCUUAGUUUUUUAGUUAUCUGUUAUUUUAGUUCGGCACUUACAAUAUUGAAUAAAAUAUUGACUAACAUAUUGUAGAGAUUUCUUCGAGUCACAACUGUAUUUGGAUUGCAAGCUAUGAAUGCAUUUUUUUAAUUCUUUUUAGAUUUGCUAUUAAAAUUUCAUUUAUUAUUAUAUAAUUUUAUUGACAAGCUGUAUCUGCAGUUUGUGAGUACGUUGCUUCAAUACAUUACAAGUUAGAAAGUUUAAAAUUAUAUUUUUGUGUCAAUUUCCUUUAGUUUCCAUAAAUAAACUACCAAAAAAAAUAAUUUUUCCUGACACUAGAUACCUGGCGCUGGUUUAGAAAAAAAAAUUAAUAAUUUGAGUAAAUCAAAUGUCAUACAACUAAAUUUUAAUGCAUUUCUGUAAAAAAAAAAAACAACCUUUAACAUGAAGGUGUUCUUCGAAGGUUUGUAUGAAUAAUAUACUUAGUAACUUUUUGCAAUUCUGUGUACACUGUUAGAAAUAUUUUAUGUCAAUAAAGUAGUUUAUUUCUAAA